CUUGCAUAUUGUAUACAAAAUUUUUGUUUAACAUUUUUUUUGUUUAAAGUUUUUAAGAUGCAUGUUACAAUAUAAUUGUGCUUUUAAAACUUGAAAUGCCUAAUAUGUUCAUUUGUUUGGUUUUGUUCUGGAGGAAUUAUAAAUAUAUAUGUAUAUACAUACACACACACAUACAUUUUACUUCAGUCUAAAUAUCUAUCUUAGAUUCAAUUGAUCCAAUAUUUGUUGUAGAGGAAAAUAUAAUGAAAUAUUUCUUACAAUGUUGAAUAACAUACUUUUUUUUUUUUUUUACCCGGACAGGAUGAAUAAAGUAUCAGUGAGUGAACUCAUCAUGGAUCUUGAUUUCACUGAAAACAGGAAUAUUUCCAUCCCGUCUUAUUUCUAUAUCAGUGGUUUUUCUGGUAUACCUCACAUGAGGUACUAUUAUAUAUUCUUGUUUUUUGUCUACAUUAUUUCUUUGCUUGGAAACUCCUGCCUCAUGCUUGUUAUUAUUAUGGACCGAAAUCUUCACACUCCUAAAUAUUUAGCUGUCUUUAAUUUAUCACUGACAGACAUGUGUGAGAGUACUGCUGUGAUCCCUCAACUACUGGAUAUGUUUUUGUUUGGGAAUCAGUUGAUCCCAUAUGGAUUGUGCCUGUGUAAUAUGUUCUCUGUGUAUGUAUUUACUUCAACACAGUCCUUAACUCUUGCUGUUCUGUCUUUUGACAGAUUAGUAGCAAUUUGUUUACCACUGAGGUAUCAUAUGAUUGUGACCCACAGAUCAAUGCUUGUUAUAAUUGGAGUCAUGUGGGCAGUGGCACUGCUUAUAGUAAUCACCGCUACAGUUUUUAUCAGCAGGCUUUCUUUCUGUAGAGUUAUUGUCAUCAUAAAUAGUUUCUACUGUGAUCAUGGCCCUAUAUAUCGUUCUGCCUGUAGCAGCAAUUUCCCAAGCUAUGUGAUAGCCAAAUUGUCCCCGAUAUUAAUUCUCGGCUUUCCAGCAUUUUUUAUCAUCUUUUCAUAUACAUGCAUAGCUGUGACAUUGUUCAGAAUCACAGCCCCACAAGACCGUAAAAGAGCCACAAAGACAUGCACUGCUCAUUUAAUAGUAGUGGCCAUAUUUUAUGUACCCAUCACUUUUACAUAUGCGCUUUCUUCCAUUAUAAACACGAACACAAGGAUCAUUAAUCUCUCUCUGACCUCUGCACUUCCUCCAAUGCUUAACCCUAUAAUCUACACAUUCAAGACAGAGGAGUUCAUAAUCUCGUUGAAAAGGCUUUUAAAACGAAGAAUUAUAUUCCCAUCUCCAAAAUAA